AUGAAGAAGCCGAACGUGAACCAGAAUCAACAGAAGAAAAAGAAGGUUCCAAGCCACGGAGGAGAAACAGAUGUUAUUACCAGCCUCAAAAAAAGUAGCUCUACUCUCUUUUCUCAAAUUCGGCACGUUUAUAACAAAAAAGGACCACAAGAGCAACAGGGUAGUAAAACAGAUAGUAUGGAGACAAAUGAGCAGCCAUGGUUUCAUGGAUUACUCCCGCGAGAAGAAGUUCAGCUUCUACUCCUUAAAAAUGGCGACUUCCUGGUUCGUAUGUCUGAACCUAGUUCGGGACAGGCAAGGCAUUUGAUUUUGUCAGUAAUGCAAAACGAAUCGAGCCAGGAAGCAAUGCAUUAUGUCAUUCGUAACGCUGACGGGAAGUUCUCAAUCACAGGGAAAGAAAAUUUUGAUAGCCUUAUCGAGUUGAUUAAUCAUCACAAACAGAACAAGUUGCAUGAGGAUAAUCCAAAAAGUGUCUUAAUCAACGCCAUAGGCCGUCAACCAUGGGAACUGAACCACUCAGAUGUUACGAUGACAAAAACACUGGGAGAGGGAGCUUUCGGUGAAGUGAAAUUGGGAACUCUCAAAAUGGAGAUCACCACUGAAGCUCGUCUCAUGCGUGGAUUCAACCACAAAAACGUAGUUCGGUGCUAUGGAGUGGCUGCGGUAGAUGAGCCAUUGCUAGUGGUGAUGGAAUUGGUCAAAGGUGGAGGUCUUGACGGAUAUUUACAGAAGAAUUCUGUGCCAUGGCCAGAAAAACUCGACAUCCUUACUCAGGUUGCUUCUGGUAUCUCUUACAUUCACAGUAAGAAUAUCAUGCACAGAGACAUUGCGGCUAGAAAUGUUCUUUAUGGCGGUGGAGUGGCAAAAGUUUCGGAUUUCGGUAUGUCACGAGUCGGUACCGAAUAUCAAAUGAAUCCGAACAAAAAAGUACCAAUCAGAUGGCUAUCUCCAGAAACCCUUAUAACGUUCGUGUACACUCAAAAAACUGAUGUUUUCGCAUUUUCGGUGCUUUGCUGGGAAGUUAUCGAGAAUGGAACACAGCCGUAUCCUGAGUUCAAAGUUGUUGAAGUACACCAGAAAGUUGCCAAAGACGACUACAGAAUGCCAAUUAGCGAUAAAGCACCUUCACUAAUUGCUGAUGUUAUCAAAAAAUGUUGGGUUCGAAAUGCACUUCAACGUCCAUCAAUGGCUCAAGUAGUUCAAAUGAUGACAUCUAUCACUGGGAAAAAGGAACUAAGCAAGUCAGGAGGAACAGUCAGCGCAGAACGAGCUAAGAUUUUUGGUGGUGUUGGAAAUGGUCCUCUAUCUGAUCCGUGUCGUGAGAAAACGAUUAUAAAAACCGGAAGACGUAACGUAAAAAAGAGACCAACAUGUCAAUUAAGUGCAGGUAAUUCUGGAGCUCAGCUAUCAUCUCCUUCUUCGUCAAAGGAGAAAAAGAAAAAAGGAGGAAAAUCGAAACGCUAG